ACCUCGCAGAUGAAACAAGUUGUAGGUUUUUACUUGUUAUGUUGAUGAAUUCAUGAAUAUGGGACAUCGUUUCAUCAUACAAAAAAUUAACAGAUGCAGAAUUAAAUACAGAAGAUGUUUAACACUUUUUAUUGGAAUUCUUACUGUUGCCUGGGUACAUGUUAACUUUAAUGAGGAGGUGGACUUCAUUUACAACAACGAAAACACGGACAAAAAGUGUGAAUUACCGAACUUAGACGCACAUGACAAAUCAAUCACAAAAUUUUUAUAUCAUCUAAGACCGGUUCAAUGUAAACAAACAUCGGAUCUUUCCUUCGUAGAUUCUGAAGGUUUUCUAAGAUUGAACAAAACUGCUAUAUCACAAUCUGAACAUGGUGCUAUAUCAUGCACCUAUUCUAUAAUAAAGCGUUUAUUGGACUUUGACGUCGAAAGCGAACAGGAAGUGGCGUUUUCACAUCCUGUGUAUGUUAAAGCUGAUUUUUUCAUUGUGAAGUGCGAAAAUGAAUGGAAGUAUACAGUUUAUAGAAAAUUACACCACAACAUCAAUUAUAAGUCCCGAAUGCAGCAGUUUAAUUUUUUAAAUGCAUCCGAAGAACAAUUGAAUGUGUAUAUAUUUGGCUUGGAUUCUCUGUCUAGAUUAGCUGCAGAAAGAACGAUUCCAAUCACUCUUCGUUAUGUUGAAGAAGAGCUAGGAGGUUACAUAAUGAAAGGUUAUACGAAAGUUGGAGCCAAUACAUUUCCGAAUCUUGUUAGCCUACUAACAGGAAAGGUCCCUUUUUCAAAGGAGUUACCUCCUUUUACGGAAUUCUUGGAUUCAUUUCCGUUUUUAUGGAAAAACUUCAGUGAGGCUGGCUACACAACAUUCUUUGCUGAAGAUCUCCCAGAAAUGGGAAGUUUUACAUAUUGGAAAGGUUUCAAAGAGCAGCCUUGUCUACAUUAUAUGAGACCAUUUUAUUUAUCAUUGGAAAAAUUCGGUUUGCCGAAUACUAAUAGAGCUUUGCUUUCAUUGGAAAACAACAAUUUACAUCUUGGCAAAACUUCGGCUCUGUGUGUGGAAAAUAUUCCAAAGCAUAUGAUGUUAAUGAAUUAUUAUAAGCAAUUCAUCGAAUUUUAUGGCAAUAAACGGAAAUUUGCUUUAAGUUGGAUGAAUGAACUCACACAUCAAUGGGAUAAUCUUAUUCAAUUAGCUGAUAAAGACUUCAUGUUGUUUUUUAAAUGGUUGAAGGAUUCAGGCAGACUCUCCAAUUCUAUACUGAUGUUCAUGAGUGACCAUGGUAUAAUGCAAAAGAGCAUUAAAAAUACCCUAGCAGGGAGGACAGAGAACCGGAUGCCUUUGUUUGCCAUUGUGAUUCCACCACAUAUCAAAUCAAAAUAUCCCCAUAUUCAUCAAAAUUUGAAAACAAAUACUCGACGCUUGACAACUGCAUUUGACGCGCAUGAAACGUUGGUAGACAUUUUAGAAAGAAAUUUUUUACGAAGUAAAUCACGCGUGAUUGAACUGAAAAGCUUUCCACGUGGUAUAAGUCUGUUUCGAGAGAUUCCAGACAGUCGAUCAUGUAAAGAUGCAGAUAUUCCUGGUGAUUUUUGUGUUUGUAAUUCAUACGAACCAAUAAGCAAUAAUGAAAAAAUUUCAAAAGAUUUGUCUAGUUUUCUAGUUUCUUACAUUAACCAAAAACUCACUAAACAUGAAGGAAAAUGUGCCAAACUACAUUUAUUAAAGAUAAAGGACACAUAUUUUGUAAAAACAAAUUUGCAAAGACGAAAAGAAAAGGAGGAAUUUUCCAUGCGAAAUUUGUUUUCCCGAUCUGAUCCAGAAGAGAAAACUUACCUGAGUGUGUUUGAAACGGUCCCCGGAAAUGCAGUAUUUGACGCGACAGUCAGCCUCGACUAUAAGGGAUCUUUUAAUGUCAUUGGUAGAGUAAACCGAGUUAACGAAUAUGGCAACCAAUCGUCCUGUAUCACUGAUAAAUUUUCUAAACCUCUUUGUUACUGCAGUUGAUGUAGUAGAAGUGUCUUUGGGUAGUUCUGUGAAUGAUUCUGAUUAUACUCU